AUGUAUCGUCAUCUUCCUAGUGACGUAAAAGGCGGAACUGUAACAAUUGGAGACCUCUCCGAUGCAUGCACAUUGAUAGCGGACCCAGUCGAAAGAAGCAUGCAUACUGUUUGGAAAAAGGCGCACAGGGAUUGUCCUUGGCGAUUGGCGUACCAAGCUGGUUACGACGCUGCACACGCAACAUUAAAUACAGCUACGAUGGGUGACGAUAAGACGUGGCGUUGCGGACCUAAGCAUGGACACAGAGUCUGUUGGGUUUAUGGGCAGUUUUGCGAUGAGAUAGCUGGUGUCUGUCGAGACGCCAGCACGUAUUGCUCGCCCUCAGAUUUUCCAGCUGAUGCGCCGUGCCGAAAUUCGAAGUACAACCAUGCAGAGACGACAAAAGGAGACUGCGCCUUGGCGAAUUACCCUGAGAAUCCAGGUGUAGACAAUUUCCACAUGGACAAAGACUCAGCUGCGGUACCAAACGCGACAGGGAUGAUGCUCACUUACGGCGACUGCACUCAAAGCUACGUAAGAGACCUUGGGGAACCGAUCCGGCCAUUGGCUCAAGCACAGUCGACCUGCGGAGGGGAGUUGCCGGGAUGCUCAGACUCGUGUACAACGGCUUUAAACGGUAUUUGCGAGGAUGGGGAAGCUCAGGGCCCGGAUGGCACAGCGGGUAUGGGCAGUUUUUCGUCGUUAACGGAAACUGGUAUUAGCUCUAGUGCAGCUGUUGCAGCUGCCGUAGGGGAUGGUAGCAGUAGCUCGAGUUCGAGUUUUGACGUGAAAAAGAGUUUUUACGCUUCCUUCUAUGGACCGAAGGAACCCCCAGUGGGCCAACAGGGGAUUACCAGAAAGACAAAAGGCAGCGUCGCUCUUUGCCCACGCGGAACGGAUUGUACGGAUUGCGGUGUAAGGGAAGGAGCUUGGCGGCGCAUCGUUCAUUCCCAGUUCUUCGAGAGCGGUCCUGGCUAA